AUGUCACUUUUUGUCAUUUUUAAAUUUCCUGCCGUUCCGUCCCCCAUACGUCCCGACGCUCGCAGAGGACGGAACCCAGAUGACAGAUGCCGGCAUUCACCGGAUCACAUUGCCGGGGACACUGCAGGAGGGACAUCGCGGGAGCGCAGGACAAGGUAAAGUGAAGUCCAUUUUUUUUUAACCUCCCUGGCGGCAUUCCUGAGUGUAGCUCGGGGUAAAGUUUCAGUACCACAAGCGGUAACUCCAAGCUACACUCGGGCUUAC